AUGCAAGAAAAAUCUCUGAAAGAACUGAGUGAGGAAAGCAAAACCAAGGAGACGGUAACCUACCCACUGGGGAAGUUGGUUGUGAAAGUUGCUAAAGUUGGCCACACAGCAAAAUUCACAGGAAGCAAUGGAGUGCCAGGAAGCAUGCUAAACUUUAGCAUUGCUGAUUCAACAGAUGCAAUGUUGGCUACUCUGAGUGAUGAGACGCAAUUUAACAAAAUAAAGGAAGGAAGAACCCUUCAACUCAGGAACUUUCUGGUGAAAGGAAAGAGAGUAGUGCUUUCAGGGCACUCAAAAGUCAUAAGUGCAUCUGCUCUAGAACUGCCUGAUGGACAAAUUCAAAAGGCAACACUUCUCAUCAUGCCUCCAUCUCCCUCCAAGACGCUGAGGGAAGCCAUGGACUCCCCUCUGCGUGACAUCGUAACUAUUCAGGGCCAGAUAAUUCGGGAUGAAGCAGUUAAGUUUGUUCAAGUUGGGCAAAAGGAGACAAAAAUUCGAACCAUCACCUUAGAAGAACACGGAAACACAAUGGAGGUAACACUCUGGAGGGAUUUGGCAGAAAGCCAGCUUAAAGUGCAAGACUUCGUUGAAAUUUGUCAUUGUGUCGUGUCUGAGUGGCAAAAGAAGAAAUCACUGAACACGACAAGGAACUCUUUAAUCAAGACUGUUGCUCCCCGUGAAGUUGAUGUGACAGGCCAAGUAGAGGCUUUGGCGAUACUUGAACAGGACGUGGAAAUGUGUAUCAGAGACGAGACGAAAGGUUUGAAAGAUGUAAAAUUUGAAUUGGGUUUGCUGAAAUUAGAGUUCAGUUUAAGAGAGGACGAAGGAACUAUGGAAACUGAUGCAGAUCUGGAAGAAUUCUUGAUCACGAAAUUGCCGUUCAAGGUUCAAGUCAAAUUGACUGGAUCAAAUCAUGGUAGAUAUGCCACACACUCAUUUCAGUACGAUAGAUAUGCCAAGUAUUCAUUACAGUAUGGAAGAUAUGCCACACACUCAUUACAGUAUGGUAGAUAUGCCACACACCCAUUACAGCAUGGUAGAUAUGCCACACACCCAUUACAGCAUGGUAGAUAUGCCACGCACUCAUUACAGUAUGGUAGAUAUGCCACGCACUCAUUACUGCAUGAUAGAUAUGCCACACACUCAUUACAGCAUGGUAGAUAUGCCACGCACUCAUUACAGUAUGGUAGAUAUGCCACACACCCAUUACAGUAUGGUAGAUAUGCCACACACUCAUUACAGUAUGGUAGAUAUGCCAUAAACUCAUUACUGCAUGGUAGAUAUGCCACACACUCAUUACAGCAUGGUAGAUAUGCCACGCACUCAUUACAGCAUGGUAGAUAUGCCACACACUCAUUACAGCAUGGUAGAUAUGCCACACACUCAUUACAGCAUGGUAGAUAUGCCACACACUCAUUACAGCAUGGUAGAUAUGCCACACACUCAUUACAGCAUGGUAGAUAUGACACACACUCAUUACAGCAUGGUAGAUAUGCCACGCACUUAUUACAGCAUGGUAGAUAUGCCACACAUCCAUAA